GAUCACAGCUCCGCGAUUCCUUCUUCUUCGCUCGCCGUCGAUACGUCUCUACCUCUGUCCGUCAUGGCUCCUCGUAUUAUGGACAAUUGAGAUGACGUAAGUGCAGGAGCUAGAUCUUGAGUGCUUCUAGGGUUUUUGUUUUUGUUAUUUCAUUAUGCAAAACUUUGUCUUGAACUUUUUUCGACAGAAUCCGUUGUGUUGAUGAAAAUAUAAGCGAGAGCAAGAGAGAAAUUAAGAGUAUCAUUGUACAUCUGGUCUCUUUCUGUUUUGAUGUCUUCUUUGAUUUUGGGUCUGGAGAAUUUUGUUGUAAAACUUCGUAAACACAAUUCUCAGGAAGCCAAAGUUUCAUUGUCAUGGAAGUGAUGAAACCAGCCUUAUGCAAAGAUGUAUUCAAGAAGUGGGAAGAGCUUGAUGAUUCUCUCUUCUCUGUCGAGAGAGUUUCAGGUGGCAUCACAAAUCUGCUGUUGAAGGUUUCUGUAAGUGAAGAAGCUGGAAAAGAGGUGUCUAUAACAGUGAGAUUGUAUGGGCCUAACACGGAGUACGUUAUCAAUCGGGAAAGGGAACUUCAGGCCAUCAAGUAUCUCUCGGCUGCAGGCUUUGGUGCCAAGUUGCUUGGUGUAUUUGGAAAUGGAAUGGUGCAAUCCUUCAUUAAUGCUCGCACCCUAGAACCAUCAGACAUGAGAAAACCGAAGAUAGCAGCGGAAAUUGCCAAACAGCUACGCAAAUUUCAUGAAGUGAAAAUACCAGGUUCUGAAGAACCUCAAUUGUGGAUUGACAUCUUCAAGUUCUUCGAGAAAGCAUCUACUCUUACCUUUGAUGAUGCUGAUAAGCAGAAACUAUAUGAGACAAUUUCAUUUGAGGAUCUGCAGAAAGAAAUUCUUGAGCUAAGGGAUUUCACAGUCCAACUUAAUGCACCUGUGGUGUUUUCUCAUAAUGAUUUGCUUUCUGGAAAUCUGAUGCUGAAUGACGAAGAAGAGAGACUAUACUUGAUUGAUUUCGAGUAUGGAUCAUACAACUAUAGAGGCUUCGACAUUGGGAAUCACUUCAAUGACAUACUGACAACUCGGUGUCAUGGCUCACGCAGAUACCCAAGUAAAGAAGAACAAUACCAUUUCUUCAGGCACUAUCUACGGCCAAACAAUCCACAUGAGGUGCCGGAAGCAGAGUUGGAAUCGCUCCACAUCGAGGCAGAAGUGUACAAACUAGCAUCCCAUUUGUACUGGGCAACAUGGGCACUCAUCCAGGCAAGGAUGUCACCUAUAGAAUUCGAUUACCUGGGUUACUUCUUCCUGCGUUACAACGAAUACAAGAAACAGAAGUCCAGUUCGUUUUCGCUCGCAACUGCUUCAUCCUCACUUGUCUGAUAAAAUUCAGCGUCUUUUGUUUUUGCUGAUCGAUUCUUUCAGGUAAAUUUCGUUUUUUCUUUGUGGCUUUUGCAAAACACCAUGCAAAUUGAACUGGUUCUUCUGGUUCCCUUUUUUUUGGGCCGCUUUCUGAUGUAAACUUGUAGGUGUUUUUAGUGUGAACUGUGUUUUUUUCUCUUCUGCUCUGUUUUCA